GGGGCGGGGCGGAGCAGACUGGACUUGGGUCCAGGCCUGCGCGAUGGCGGCGCCCGCAGGCCUAGCACACCUGGAGACCUGUAUUGUGUCACCGCUCAGAAGGCACAGCGCCACGCUGAUCUUGCUGCAUGGCUCAGGUGAUUCUGGACCAGGCUUUAGAAAAUGGAUCAAACAGGUUUUAAAUAAAGAUUUAGCAUUCCAUCACAUAAAAGUUAUUUAUCCAACAGCUCCUCCCAGGCCAUAUACCCCUUUGAAAGGAGGAAUCUCUAAUGUGUGGUUUGACAGGUACAAAAUAGAUAUUGACUGCCCGGAAAAUCUUGAAUCGAUUAAUGUAACAUGUAAUGUGCUUACUGAUCUGAUUAAUGAUGAAGUAAAAAGUGGCAUCCAAAAGAACAGGAUAAUAUUAGGAGGGUUUUCUAUGGGAGGAUGUAUGGCAAUGCAUUUAGCCUACAGAUUCCAUCAAGAUGUAGCCGGAGUAUUUGCCCUAUCUAGUUUUCUGAAUAAAUCCUCUGCUGUUUAUCAGGCUGUUCAGAAAAAUGAUGGUGUGCUUCCAGAGUUAUUUCAGUGUCAUGGCACUGUAGAUGAACUAGUUCUAUAUUCCUGGGGUGAAGAGACAAAUUCAAGGUUAAAACACCUAGGAGUAAGCACCAAGUUUCAUGUUUUGCCGAAGUAUUACCAUGAAAUAAGGAAACCUGAGCUAGAGAAGCUAAAGUCAUGGAUCCUUACAAAGCUUCCUGAAGAACUCGAAAAGAAUAAUGAAUGAAUUUCAUUUGAUUUGUUGCUGUAUAUGGAAUGUCUUUGUGAAAAAUGAACUUAUUGCCAAAUUAAAAUAAUAAACACAAAGAAAUAGUUUAUUCAAUGAAGUAAUUACUGAAAUGCUUAACAUUUUAGAGCAUAAUAUGAUAUUAAUGUUAGAUUCAUUUAAACCACCAUCUAUACAUUCUUUUUCAGAUACAUUUUUAUAAACAUUCUUAAGCAUUCCAAGUUAAAGAGCUGAAAGCUAACAGUAGGCCAGGUUCCAUGAUGCAUUCCUGUAGUCCCAACUACACAGAAAAU